AUGGGAACUACCAGGGCUCGUGCGCCGGCAAAGCCAGCAAAGGUCACGCCUGAGGUUCCUGCUCGACAUCUGCCGAACAAGACCUUCGUAAUCGACAAUGGAGCUUAUACAAUGAAGGCGGGAUACGCCUCUGACCCUUCUUCCGCCGAGGACGCCUUGUCUGCCUGUACACCAAUUCCUAAUACGCUAGUCAAGACCCGCGACAAUAGGGUUCUGAUCGGUACUCAGCUUGCAACCCAUGUCACUGACUGGAAUGAGGCGAUGUUCCGGCGGCCGGUGGAGAAAGGGUAUAUCGUGAAUUGGGAAGCGGAGAGGGAAAUCUGGGACCAGACAUUCUUUGAAGAGAAAGCCAACGCGCGAAACAAGAAUCUUCGAAUCAGUGCCCCGGAAGAUACGACUUUAGUACUGACCGAGGCUCCGAAUGCCAUUCCGGUGCUGCAGCGGAAUACAGAUGAGAUGGUGAUGGAAGAAUGGGGGUUCGGAGGCUAUGUGAGGUGCCUGGGCCCUACGCUGAACGCAUGGAAUGAAAUACAUUCAUUAUUCGGAGACCCUCUCGCCAAAGUCGAUGGCGACAUUCUACCGAUGGACUGUCUCCUCGUCGUCGACUCGGGCUAUUCUCACACCACUGUGACACCAGUGUACAAAGGACAGGCUAUUCAACGUGCAAUUCGUCGCCUUGAUGUUGGCGGCAAACUUCUCACAAAUUACCUGAAAGAAAUUGUAUCAAUGAGGCAGUACAACAUGGUGGAUGAAACAUACAUUAUGAACGAGGUCAAGGAGGCUGUUUGCUUCGUGAGCAAUGAUUUUACAGGGGACAUGGAACGGACAUGGAAAGCCAACCGCAAGCGCCAAGAGGAGAAUGGUGUUGUAGUGGACUAUGUACUUCCUGACCCCAACGCAGGCAAGAAGGGACUCAUGCGGCCACAUGAUCCUCUUCUAUACGCAAAGAAGAAGAAGGGCGCUCUUUCCGGUCUCAGUGCCGAAGUGCUAUCUGAAGAUGUGUUGGUCUUGGGCAGUGAACGAUUCGCCGUCCCGGAGCUUCUAUUCAAUCCGGGCGACAUUGGAAUGAAACAGGCCGGUGUCCCAGACAUGAUUAUUCAAAGCGUGUCUGUCCUUCCUCCCGGGUUACAUGCUGCCUUUUUGGCUAAUGUGCUCGUGGUCGGUGGCAAUGCUGCCUUGCCAGGAUUCAUGGAGAGACUGGAGAAAGAGCUGCGCCAGAUUGCCUCAGCGGACUGUGUGGUCAGAGUGCGGCGAGCUGAAGACCCCAUUCGAUCAACCUGGUUGGGAGGAUCUCGCUUUGCUAGUAAUCGCGAGGAGCUAGGCAAGGUGGCCAUCACGCGCCAAGAAUAUCAAGAAUAUGGAUCUGGAUGGGCUGGCCGACGGUUCGCAGGCAUAAUAUGA